AAGAAACAAUGAACAGCAAAAAAAGUAAGAAAAAGAAAAGUUAAAGUAUUCCCACCAGAGCUCCAAUUUUCCUUGUCAUCGCCUUGCUUUCCAUCUAAAAGCCAUUGGCCCCUUAUUCACGCCUUCUCUUGCCCUGGAGAAAACUCGAGUUCUGCUGAGACUCUGUUUGCACGUUCUUUUUCCCUUUAUCUUGUACUUGAAGACAGAAAACCAUGAAUCUAAGAUUAUUCACGAGUAAGUACAUGCUAUAGCGUCUUCAUGGCUGCUGUUGGGAACCCAAGAACUUGGAUUCCAUAUAUGAACAGCAAAGAUUGUUCCGAAGGAUUUUGCAGCUUGUACUGUCCACAGUGGUGUUAUAUAGUGUAUCCUCCUCCUCCACCCUUUGAGUACCCUGAUGAUGAUUCAGGCCCAAAUUUCUCUCCUCUUGUCAUUGCAAUCAUUGGGAUCUUAGCCACUGCUUUUCUUCUGGUGAGUUACUACACUCUAAUAUCCAAGUACUGUGGCCUCCGAGAGUCUCCACUCAGAGACCCAAAUGAUGAGUUGCAAGAGAAUCACAACCACAAUCAAAAUCACGAACCAUGCCAUGCUUCCACCACAGGCCUGGACGAGUCUCUAAUAAAAUCCAUUGCAGUUUUCAAGUACAAGAAAGGAUACAAUAGAGUCACUGAUUGUUCAGUUUGUCUGAGUGAGUUUCAAGAUAAUGAAAGUGUUAGACUCUUGCCGAAAUGCAGCCACGUUUUCCACCUUCCUUGCAUUGACACGUGGCUCAAGUCUCACUCCACAUGCCCCUUGUGUCGUGCUUGCAUAUUCACUUCCAAUGCCUCGGUUCCUGCCCCAGAGGUAGAGAAUGAAACUUCUUCUGAAAACGAGUUUGUGGUGGUGGUGGAAGAAGAAAGCAUGCAUCAUGCUAGAGCUUAUCCAAAGCCUGCAUUGCGUGCUUUUAGUGAUUUAAGCAGCUUUCAGGGCAGGCACAGGGUGAUUGAGAUUAGAGAUGGAGCGUGCGAAUCCUUUGGUAUGUCUGAGUCUAUGGACCAUUCGUUUCAAAGUGUUGCUCAUGUGUUGCAAUUGCAAAUGAAUCAAGUACAAGGGUGUUCUACUGAAGCUGGCCCAUCGAAGAGAUCACAAAGAGAGAAUAGCAAGUCGUCCAGAUACAAAACAAGGGUGUUGCAUUGUGUGUUGAGCCCAAUUGCAAUGAAGAGAUCGUUCUCCAGUGGAAGACUCUCGAUUACCAAAAGUGGCAGAGGAAGGCACGGAACGAUACCAAUCUCAGAAUUUGUUUUAUGUUAGUAAGAUGAGAUUGACCAGAUUUUUGUAUCUAUAAAUGUGAUUAAUCUGUUACUGUUAUGCUACAUGUGAUGACAGUAAUUGCUGGGGUUUCACAGUGUGUAUCUUUUCUUUUUUUGCUUGUAUUUUGGAUCAUGAAUUAACAAAUAACGAUUUUCGUUAAAGAUCAAAUGCCAUGUUUUCCUUUUCCCAUGGCCAAUUGGCUAUGAAUGGA